UUCAUUUCUUUUCAUUCUUUAUUAUUGUGUAGAUCCAAUCAGUGCUUUGAUACGUGAUUGUUUCUUGUGGGUCUGUUCCACUUCUUUUUUUUUUAUGAGCAUAAUCUGUACACUUGGAUAUCGAACUUGGCUAUACAUUUUCAGAAUAUUCUUUUCAAGCUACAUUCUUUUUUCCUUUUCUUUUUUCCUUUUUGCAGCUUUCUAUCAAUCUGUAGACCAGUACGAUGAUUGUAAGGAGAUCGGAUUGAAAAACAAAGGAAUUGAAGAAAUCCCAAUACUUAGAAGGAAAUUUGCUGAGAGAGGGGUGCUAGAAAAUUUGAAAUAGAGGAGAUAGCCAAAUUCCAUCAAGAUUUGAUUUUACUUGUAAUUGAUUUCAAGCUCAAACAAAUGGUCAUUGACAAAGAUUGGCAUAGAGGAAAAUGAUUGGUGCCCCUUUUGAAGUGAUGGUAAUAACAGCAGCAGCAGCAGCGAGAAUAGCAGUUGUGUUUUUCGUUUUUUCUUGUAUGAUCAUGAGUUCGGUCGCAUUAUCAGCAGAAACUGUGAUGGAUUUAUUAAAUGAGGACAAUAAGCUCUAGCAGAAGGAAACUAUUUUAUCAAAUUAUUGAAGAAUUGGAGGCAAUUAGAAGAUGGAUGGAGAAGGGAGUUCGAACCAUAUUGGUGGUAUGAAUGACCUUGAAAAUGAGGGAUUCCUGGAUGGUAAGGAGAUUGAGAGGUACUGGUCAGAGAUAUCGGAGAAAAGCAUGAUCAUGUAUAAAGAGCCGCUUCUGACAAAGAGGAUGAACACUACCUCCCAGAUUGCCAUUGUUGGUGCUAAUGUCUGCUCCAUUGAGAGCCUUGACUAUGAGAUUGUUGAAAAUGAACUAUUUAAGCAAGACUGGAGGUCAAGGAAGAAGGCUCAGAUAUUUCAGUAUGUGGUACUCAAGUGGGCACUUGCACUUCUUAUAGGGCUUGGUACUGGACUUGUUGGCUUCUUCAACAAUAUUGCAGUUGAGAAUAUUGCUGGUUUCAAACUGCUGUUGACUAGUGAUUUCAUGUCUCAGAAAAAAUAUUUCAAGGCUUUUGCAGCAUAUGCUAGCUGCAAUAUAGGUUUGGCAACUGCUGCUGCAGCCCUUUGUGCUUUCAUUGCUCCAGCAGCAGCAGGGUCUGGUAUUCCUGAAGUGAAAGCAUAUCUCAAUGGUAUAGAUGCUCAUUCAAUAUUGGCUCCAAGUACCCUCUUUGUAAAGAUUUUUGGUUCCAUUCUUGGUGUUUCUGCUGGAUUUGUGGUGGGUAAGGAAGGGCCAAUGGUACACACGGGUGCUUGCAUUGCCUCUCUUCUUGGGCAGGGAGGCUCUCGCAAGUAUCAUUUAACGUGGAGUUGGCUAAAAUACUUCAAAAAUGAUCAGGACAGACGAGACUUGAUCACUUGCGGGGCUGCUGCCGGGGUGGCUGCUGCCUUCCGUGCUCCAGUGGGUGGUGUCCUCUUUGCCCUUGAAGAAGCAGCUUCAUGGUGGCGAAGUGCUCUUCUUUGGAGGACAUUUUUCACAACAGCUGUGGUUGCUAUUGUUUUGAGAGCUUUCAUAGAAUAUUGCUGGACUGGAAAAUGUGGGCUAUUCGGGCAAGGAGGUCUGAUAAUGUAUGAUGUCAGUGCUGCUACAGAAACAUACGGUGUCCCAGAUAUACUAGCAGUACUAUUUCUAGGAGUCAUUGGCGGCAUUUUUGGAAGCCUAUACAAUUAUCUUGUGGACAAGGUUCUUCGAACUUAUAGCAUCAUCAAUGAAAAAGGUGCCCGUUUCAAAAUAUUACUUGUUGUUACUAUCUGCAUCUUGACAACCUGUUGCUCCUUUGGCCUGCCAUGGUUUUCAAAGUGUAUACCCUGCCCUACUGAUCUGGCUGUGACCUGCUCCACAGAAUCUGGCAACUUUAAACGCUUCCAGUGCCAAUCAGGUUACUACAAUGACCUCGCUUCCCUCUUCCUGAAUACUAAUGAUGAUGCCAUUCGCAACCUAUUCAGCACCAGCACUAGGCAUGAAUUUCGUAUUUCCAGCCUCUUCAUCUUCUUUGCUGCCAUCUACUGUCUUGGCAUUAUCACGUAUGGUAUUGCUGUUCCCUCCGGUCUCUUCAUUCCAGUUAUACUAGCUGGAGCUUGCUAUGGUCGUCUUGUUGGGAGACUCUUUGCAUCUAUAUCUAAACUUGAUACGGGACUCUUUGCCCUCCUUGGAGCUGCAUCCUUCCUUGGUGGCACCAUGAGAAUGACAGUUUCCCUGUGUGUGAUCCUGCUAGAGCUUACCAAUGAUCUACUAUUGCUGCCCCUUGUCAUGCUUGUUCUCCUUGCCUCAAAAACAGUGGCUGAUAGCUUCAACAAAGGUGUCUAUGACCAGAUAGUAAAACUGAAGGGAUUGCCUUACAUGGAGGCCCAUGCAGAGCCCUACAUGAAGCAUUUGGCUGCACGUGAUGUUGUUUCAGGUCCAUUGGUUACCUUCUCUGGCAUUGAAAAGGUGGGGAACAUAAUGCAUGCUUUGAGGACUACAGGGCAUAACGGGUUCCCUGUGAUUGACGAGCCGCCUUUCACAGAUGCGCCGGAACUGUGUGGACUUGUGUUGAGGUCUCAUUUGCUUGUUCUACUAAAGGGGAAGAGUUUCUCUAGGAAUCAGGUGCAUUGUGGAGGGGAGAUCUUGAGAAAGUAUGCAGCAUUGGACUUUGCCAAGGCAGGAUCAGGAAAGGGGGUGAAACUGGAGGAUUUGAAUAUUGAAGAGGAAGAGAUGGAAAUGUAUGUCGAUCUCCAUCCUAUAACAAAUGCAUCUCCAUACACCGUGGUUGAGACGAUGUCGUUAGCAAAAGCUGCAAUUCUCUUUCGGCAAGUGGGCCUUAGGCACAUGUGUGUGGUACCAAAGAGCCAAGGGAGGCCUCCAAUUGUUGGAAUCCUGACACGGCACGACUUCAUGCCAGAGCACAUAUUGGGACUCUACCCUCAUUUGAGUCCUCACAAGUAAUUUGCUUCCCCAGAACUGCGGAUAUGUUUGUUUCAAGUUGUUGUUUUGUAUCAGAAUGUUUGAAUUUUCUUUUUUUUGGGGGGUUCUGGGUGUUUGCAAACUCUUUAUGGAACAUAUUUAGGUCAAUUUAUAGCAGCAAAUUGAUUUCUCCUCCCAAAAGCUUAGGCGAUGUGGAUAUAUGCCCCACAUCUCCCCCCUUUAAGGGAGCAAAAUGGUUAUGGUUUCUCUACAAA